AUCAAAAAAAAAAAAGUAAAAAACAAAAAUGGUUUCUUAUUAUAAUUCUUUAACAUAUCCACAAAAACAUACUGGUUAUCCGCCGGUACAAUCAUGGUUUUCACCAAAUUAUCAUCCAACAUCAAAUCAUCAAUUAUUAAGUGAUAUUGAUCCAAGUCAUCAUCAACCAGUUUAUUAUAAUCCACAUCAUGUAUUUCCACAAGGACCAACAAUGGAUUGGCAUCAACAUGAAACAUUUACAAAUCAACAUUCACAUCAUCAUCAUCAUCAUCAUACAAGUAGUGCUGCUGCUGCUGCUGUUGCUGCACAUCAACAAUUAGGGCAUUCAAUAUCAACACAUCAUGAUUUAUCAUCACCAAAUCAAAAUGGUAAUAAUAGUAUACAUUUAACUGAUAUAACUGGUAAUAAUUCAGAACAAUCAUCAACACAUGGUGAAAGUGGUGGUGGUGGUAGUGGUAAUAAUAAUAGUAAUAAUGGUAAUAAUAAUGGUGGUAAUGGUGGAUCCGGUAAUAAUGGUAAUAAUAAUAAUAUGUUACAAUUAUCACCAACAUUGACUAAAACAGAAUUAUCUAGUCCAACAUCAAAUUUAACAUCAUUACAUAUACAAAUUAGUCAUCAUCAUCAAAAUAAAAAUCAUCGUACUGGUUUAGUUAAAAGCCCAUAUUAUGAUUGGAUGAAAAAGCCACCAUAUUCAACACAAAAUUCAUCAGGAAAAACUAGAACAAAAGAUAAAUAUCGUGUUGUUUAUACAGAUUUUCAACGAUUAGAAUUAGAAAAGGAAUAUCUAACAUCAAGAUAUAUAACAAUACGUAGGAAAACAGAAUUAGCACAAGUUUUACAAUUAUCUGAAAGACAAGUGAAAAUUUGGUUUCAAAAUAGAAGAGCAAAAGAGCGUAAACAAAAUAAAAAACGUGAUGAAAAUGAUUCAUAUGCCCAUUCAACAUCCGAUGUUACCGGACAAAUAGUUGAUUCAAAAUCAAAACUCGAUUCACCUGCUAAUUUAUCCCAUUCUUUACAUCAAAUGCCAAUGGGAAUGUCAUCAAUUAACUUACAUCAUCAUCCUGUAUUACAAUCUGGACACUUAACGAUAUCACCAGUCCAUCAUACACAUCAUUCACCUGUUUCUGCACAAUCACUUCCCAUGUAAUAUUUGCAAUAUUUUUCAGUCAGCAAUGUGUUUGAUUAAAAUAUAAUCCUGUUUUUUUUUUUUUUGUAAUUUUUAAAUAUAAAAAAAGGCUCUAAAACUUAUUAUUUAUAAAAAACAAAAUAACUUUAGAAUUGAUAUUUUAAUGACUUCAAAAUCGAAUUCUUUUUAAAUAUAAGGCACGAAAGUGGUAACUUAUUAGCUCAAAAAUUACCCAUAAAACGUCAAAUUCAAAAAAAUUACAAGUUUAGUUAAUACAUACAUAUGUCAAGCAACAAAUUUAAUUUUACUUACAUGCAAACAUAGGUAUGUUCGCUAAAUCGCGUAAUUUUUGAAAAUGUUGCCGUUAAGCAUCUAAAAAUGUACAUAAAUGCACUUA